GUUGCUGAUUUUUUUUUUUUUUUUUAAUCAGAGGCAGUAUAAAGCUCACUGCAAUACACUUUUUCUUUCAUAAUUUAUGUUAGACAAGCACAACAGCUUGAUAAUUAUUAGAAGUAUAUGUGUAUAUUGAAAGAGCUUAAAGUGGGGAAAUUUUCAAAAAUCUUUUCCAGGUUUGAUGUCUAAGCCUUGGGGUUUUUCCCCAGUCUCAAACUGUUUAAUACAUAAUUUAAAAUCCGUGUGUUGCAAAGCUUGUGGCACAAGGUAAGCCACAAGCAGCAGGCCUCAGGCCAUUGCUUGAUCAUGGAGGAAUUUUACAGAAAUCGAUGGCUAUGAAGUGUUUCAGAGAGUGCUGAAGACUCCUUCAAGGUAAUGAAGGUGACUUGGGUGGGUAAUAUAUGUAAAGAUGGGAGUGGAGGCUCCUCAUGGUGCUGCCUCUUAGCCUCGUGAAAAAUGAGUUUCACUUUCUUGGUAGAUUUAAAAAGGUUUAAUAAAAGACAAGACAAACAAAGCAAAAGGUUGUAACAGCCGGGUGCUUAGCAUUCGAUCAAGAGCACACCUGCUGUUUUGGAGACAUCCCUUAAAUUCAUCAGCCUGGUGCAUAUUCAUAGACUAUCAAGCAUUUUCAAACUUUUCUAUAAACUAUUUUCCAUAUUCCAGGAACUGUUUUGCAUGGCCACUCCUUGAGUCCGCCUUUUUAGAGCAUGCACGUUUCUUGACUGUCGUUUUCAUUUAUUUUUCUUAUCAGUCUUAAUUUGGGCUAUGGUCUUCAGUUUCUACACAUGGUCGGUGCUGAUAACUGGUAUAUCAGUAGCAGGUGUCUUCACUGGGAUUUACCCAACCAAGCAGGUCGUUUACUUACUGAUGAGAGGACUAGGGCACCUCCCGUACAAGGACACGCCGAGAAAAUUGGGUCUGUUCAUCAUGGAGGUUCUGUGGAGACCUCCCAGGAAGCUUCCAGUAUCUGAAGGGGGCUACUGGGAAGCUGGAGAGGGACUCGUUGUCACUGUUGUGAUAGGAAAAGAAGUAAACGGAAAGAGGGGAAAGAGGGGGAAUUCAGGCUGGAUAUUAGGAAGGAAUUCUUCACAGUGAGCGCGGUGAGCCACGGACAGGUUGUCCAGGGGGCUGAGGAUACCGCAACCCUGCCAGGCUGGACGGGGCUUUGAGCAACCUGAUCCAGUAGAGGUAUCCCUGCCCGUAGCAGCGGGGUUGGGACUAGAUAAUCUUUAAAGUCCUCUCUAACCCAUGACAUUCCAGGAUUCCAUGGAACCACGGUGGUCAUUUCUGCGCCUCAGCAAUUGCAACUCACUGGCCGCGGCGGCGGGCGAUGCUCCAUUCGGGGCUGCGUCCGGCUGCCUCCCCCGCGGCCGCCGCUGCUUGGUACGGCCCGCGGGGCCGCGGUGCACGCCGGGAGCGGGCCCGGCCGGCGCGGGCAGGUGCGGCCGUGGUCCCGCGCCGCGCUCCCGGCUCAUGCCGGCACAUCCCGGCCCGACAUGGCCCUCAAUAAGUCCAUGCACGCCCGCAACCGCUACAAGGACAAGCCACCCGACUUCGCCUACCUGGCUGGCAAGUACCCCGAGUUCCAGCAGCACGUGCAGACCACCCUCGCGGGCAGGCCUGAAUUUCAAGGAUCCCGAGGCCGUGAGAGCUCUGACGUGCACCCUCCUGAAGGAGGAUUUCGGGCUAACCAUCGAUAUCCCCGUGGAAAGGCUCAUUCCCACUGUCCCUUUGAGGCUGAACUACAUCCACUGGGUGGAGGAUCUAAUCGGCCACCGGAAUGCUGAGAAGCAAACCCUGAGAAGAGGCAUUGAUAUAGGGACAGGCGCAUCCUGUAUAUACCCAUUACUUGGAGCAACUUUGAAUGGUUGGUACUUCCUUGCAACAGAAGUGGAUGACAUGUGCUUCAAUUAUGCCAAGAAGAAUGUGGAACAGAAUAACUUGUCUGAUCUUAUAAAAGUGGUUAAGGUACCACAGAAGACUCUUCUAAUGGAUGCACUGAAAGAAGAAUCUGAAAUAAUUUAUGAUUUCUGCAUGUGCAACCCCCCCUUUUUUGCCAAUCAGUUGGAAGCUAAGGGAGUUAAUUCUCGAAAUCCACGGCGUCCCCCUCCCAGCUCUGUAAAUACAGGUGGGAUCACAGAAAUCAUGGCUGAGGGAGGAGAACUAGAAUUUGUCAAAAGAAUUAUUCAUGAUAGUCUCCAGCUUAAAAAGAGGUUACGCUGGUACAGUUGCAUGUUGGGGAAGAAAUGCAGUUUAGCACCACUGAAAGAAGAACUUCGAAUCCAGGGGGUUCCUAAAGUCACUCAUACUGAAUUCUGCCAGGGACGCACCAUGAGAUGGGCACUGGCCUGGAGUUUCUAUGAUGAUGUGCAAGUGCCUUCACCUCCCUCUAAAAGAAGAAAAUUAGAAAAACCCCGAAAGCCUAUUACAUUCAUGGUUUUGGCUUCUACAGUCAAAGAGUUAUCCGUCAAAGCUGCAGCUAUGGGCUGGGAUGCUGUAGAAGCGAUUGCUGUGGUUAGAGCCUGGGUAGAGAAGAUUCUCACUGAUCUGAAGGUUCAGCAUAAACUUGUUCCAUGUGGAAAAGAUGAAAUUAGCCUCUUUGUGACUGCCAUUGAAAACUCCUGGAUUCAUUUAAGGAGAAAGAAACGAGAGAGAAUAAGGCAAUUACGAGAACUUCCUCGAGCUUCUGAAGAUAUUCUGCAAGCAAUGGAGGAGGGAAAGAACAGCCAGAAGAGCGUGAGCAACAGCUCAGACUCUGAAAACCCCAAGGCUGAAGACUCUGAAAUGGGGUUUAUGGCACCUGAUGAGGAUGUCCAGAUGACAGCAGGUGAUGAGCAACCAGAAGAAUCUGCAGCCAAAGAACACUAUGAUCCUGUGAAGGAAGAGGAGAUGGAUGCAAAGCAGGGAGAAACAUCGCUUGGGAAAGGUUCUGGUCAUGUGAAGGAGGAACCUUGCCCUUCAGAGGAAGCUAGUAAUCUGACAGUGGAAAAAGAGCAAAGAGCAAAAGAAACUAGUGGGGAUUUUCUCUUCAAGUGUUUAAUGAACGUGAAGAAAGAAGAAAAUGAUGUAGUAGUAGAAAUGCACUGGGUUGAAGGACAGAACAGAGACUUGAUGAACCAGCUGUGCACAUAUUUACGGAACCAAAUUCUUCGAUUGAUUGCUAGUUAGCUCUUUUUCCUGCUUUGGUAAAGUAGGUCUAUCCUCAAAUUUUGUAAACUAUUUUUAAUUAAUUAAAAAUUUCAGAUAGCAAAACCUGUCUUUUCCCCCUUAAAAAAAAAAGAAGAGUAGAUAGAUGUCUCCUUUAAUAUUUUAAAUAGCUUUUUCAGAGAUGUAAGGUGGUGAAGUGAUGAAGUAAGAGAUUUCAUACCGAAGUUGUAAAACUACAUGUUGAAGUGAAACAUGUUUAUGCUGUGAUCAUUUGAAAUAUCAGCAGUGCUUCUUCUGGUCUUUUUCUGGCACAAUAGAAAUAUAUAUUGUUACUAAGUAGAAAUCUUGAUUGAGUUAUUUUCUUCAAUAUAUUUUCAGUACUAAUACAGGAAACUGUUAGUCUGCAGUGGGAAUUGUUUCCUGCAGUGAGGAGUCUACCUUUCUUCCCUUUAAUGUAUCUAACUUUUGGUCAACAGAGUAGCAUCAUGGAUACAAUUCUCCAAGUGUCAAUUCAUUAAAAUAAUUGCUUUAGGAAAAUCAUUUGUGUUGUAUUUGUCUAGCGCUUGGGCUUUGAAACACAGAAGAGCUUACUGUUAGUGUCUGGUUUGGUAAACUUGAACAGUGAAAUAAGCCUUUUGAGCUGCUUGAUUUAAAGAUUAUUAAAAUAUGUUGGCUCUUCCAUUAGACCAUCAUUUACACUUGUUCUGAUAUAAUUGGCUGAAAUGACAGCAGUAUUCUUAAAGAAUUUUGCUUCCAUUUAAUUUUAAGAUUUAAUGGCAGAAAUGAGAGCACAUACUCUUCUUCAAGGGCCAGAAAUUUCUGCGUGUAUGUGUUUGAGAUGAAGUGCACUGGUCCCACUUCAUGCGAAGUCAGCCUCCUAAGCUGUGAUCCAUUUCUCUGAAGAGAUACAGAAUAGGGAGAGCUUUUCUGAGUGGGGUGUGUGUGUGUUACCCAAGAUAAAGCAGUGGUGUCCAGAAGGAAGUAACUCUGCGUGUUCAUAAUCCUGCUUUCAAUGUUCAUUCUUUGCUGUCCUUAUUUUUGGAAAGUUCAGUAUGCUUUCUUCAAUUGAAAUUAAAAGCAACUUCGAAAAGCCUUA